AGUUAUAAAAAAACACUUUUGACAAGUGUAAUGAAUAAUUUUUAAAAUCAUUAUAAAAAAUAAUAAAUAACUGUUUAAAUUAGACACUUUUUAAAUAAGUGCAAGAAAAAAAUUAAAAAAAAAUUGGCUAACAAAAUCUUUGAUAGAAUUUGUUGACGAUCAAGAAAUGUUGACGUUUCAUAUAAAACUUUUGAGAAAUAUUUAAGAAAAACUUUUUUCAAAAUGUGUUUAGUAAAACUAAAAAAUCGCUAAUUAUAAAAACAAACUUUUAAAGGAAAAAGCAAGUAAGAAAUACUUGCAUUCUAUAUUAAAAGAAAACUAAAUUCUUUACGUUUAAUUUAAAACCAUAAUAAUUUAAAACUCUACGCAACAGAAACAACCAAUCAACUAAACAGAUUUUCACCAAAAUCAACCCCCCCAGAAAAAUAUUGGAAAUAAAUACACGGAUUUAUUAUAUACAUACAUAAAUAAAAAUUUUUGUUGAACAAAAAUUUUAUUGCAAAUUAAAGAAAAAAAAACUUUAAUUAAUUUAAUUAAAUAUUAAAGGAAACUGAAACCAGAAAUAAACAAAAAAGAAAUAUUGAAUAUUAAACUGUUGUUGUAAUUAAUACAAAUAUAAUACAUACACGCAGUCAAAAUGGAUGAAACUCAACAUUUUUGUCUGCGCUGGAAUAACUACCAAAGUAGCAUAACAUCAGCAUUUGAGAAUUUACGAGAUGAUGAAGAUUUCGUCGAUGUCACAUUGGCUUGCGAGGGUCGUAGCAUUAAGGCACAUCGUGUGGUAUUAUCAGCGUGCAGUCCAUAUUUUAGAGAUUUAUUAAAGAGUACACCUUGUAAACACCCAGUGAUUUUAUUGCAGGAUGUAAAUUUUCAUGAUUUACAUUCAUUGGUUGAGUUUAUAUAUCAUGGUGAGGUAAAUGUCCAUCAAAAAUCCUUACAAUCAUUUCUUAAAACCGCUGAAGUUUUAAGAGUUUCCGGCCUCACACAACAACAAGCAGAAGAAACUAAUAGUCAAUUACUUCAAAUACAAAAUCUCGCCAAUAGUGGUAUACGCACACCUAUUAAUACACACCACACCUCUAUGCAGGAUGAAUCACCUAUGUAUCCGCGUAAUAUUGUAGGCUCACCACCGCCACCACCAUUUCCACCCACCCAGUUACCGUUGUAUAAACGUAACAUUGCCAUGAUUAGACGUGAACAGCAUAAUACAUCAACAUCAUCGGCUGAGGAUCCCAAUAAUGUUUUAAAACGUAUACGUAGCUCGGAUAAUGGUUUGCCACCCAGUAAUACUAAUAGUCCCGAUAUACCACAUCCACGCAGUACUUCACCACAAUUAACACCCACAGAUUUUUCCACAAUGAAACACAAUAAUAAUAAUUCACCACCACCAAAAGAUGAGAAACGUAAUGGUUCCUCGCUUAGUGUUAGCGGCAAUAAUGGCAAUGGCUCAAAUACAAAUACCAAUGGCAAUGGAAUCUCUUCAAGUGAAAAAUUAGGCAGUCUUACACCAUCACCUUUGACACGCUCGGCGGACGAUGUUAAAUCGGAACCCAUGGAAUUAGUUUGCCCUAUUAAUAAUGAUAACGAACAUAGCAAUGAUUCGACUGCUGAACAUGAGGUACAUCGUGCCCAGAGUGCUGAUUGUGGUAAAGGUUCUUUGAGUUCGGGAAACGAUGAAGAAAUUGAAAAUACUAUGCCACCACAUCCGGCCUCGGCUCCAUUUCCAUUUUCACCAGGUGAAAAGUUAUUUCCAUCGACCCCAUUUCCACCGUUUUCAAUGAGCAACAUAGAUCCAGCAGCAUUUGCCAAUUUGAAUCCUCAAUUACAAAGUGCUGCCGAAUUAGCUGCCUCUCCCCAAGGUGGAAGCACUAACCUACUCGGUGGCGUUAUAGUACCCGGGGUCAAUUCUAAUACAAGUAGCAACCACCACCACCACCAUCAUUCCACUCAUGCACUACAUCAACAUGAACAUCAUAUGCACAGCCUCCAUCAACAACAACAGCAGCAACAACAACAACAAUUACAACAGCAACAAGGCAAAGAACGUAAUUCCAAUCAACGCGAUAGUGAUUUAGAUCAUGAGCGUGAAAGAGAACGCCAUGGUCAAAGAGCGACGCCUGAUCAAAAGGGUCAACAGCAGCAACAACAACAACAAGGUUCCUUUCCCAAUACCCCCUCUCCCCACCAUCUCCAACCCCCACAAUCCCAACAAUCGCAAACCCCACCACCUCAUCUUUCCCAUGCUCAUUCCCAAUUUGCUUUACAGCAACAUCAAUUAUCAUUGAUGCCCUCUCACCAUUUGCACUCCCAUCAUGAUCUCUCCCCCAGCAGUCAUCAUCACCAUCAUCAUUUGACUAGAGCCCCCUCUCCCUAUGAUCAUCAUCAUUUGUUACAGCACAGACGUUCCUCCUUGUCACCCUCACCCACCGGUCGUUCUUCAAAUACUUCUUCAGCGGCUGGUAUUCUUGCGUCUUCUCGUGCCUCCGAACUGGGUGGAGGUAAUCGUUUGCUAUUACCCCUCCCCCUAAACGCCUGUCAUCGUUGCGAUGUUUGUGGCAAAUUGUUAAGCACCAAGCUCACACUUAAACGUCACAAAGAGCAACAGCAUUUACAGCCUCUCAAUAAUGCCGUCUGCAAUUUGUGUCAUAAAGUUUUUCGCACUCUCAAUUCUCUCAACAAUCACAAGAGUAUCUAUCACAGACGACAAAAACAUCAUUCGUAUUUUCAUCAUGGCUCGGUAGGUUCCGGUGUGGGUUCCUCUGCAGGUCCCGGCAGUCGCCUUCACCAAUCUCUAAGUUCUCUGCAGGCCGCUGCCGCCGCCAAUAAUUCUGCAGUAAAUCGUAAUAAUGAUAAUGCUGUAGCUGCUGCGGCUGCAGCAGCCGCCGCUGCUGCCGAGCUAUUACUCUCGCCCAUUGUAGGUGCUGGCGCUGGUAACGCGGGACCCACCAUGCAAAUGUCCUCUCACCCUCAGCAGUCUUCACCAAAUAUGGUGAAACCUUGUAUGGACUACUUAUAAGAUCAGCAUAAUUUCUUACAACAUCUUUUCAGUUUUGCCAUGAAUCCAGCCGCCACCGGUGCCGGUCCUACACAUCCGGCACUAACAACAAAUCUUACAUCCCCAUCAUCUACGACGAAUACAAAUGAGGCUGGUCUAGUAGCCUCUCUAAACCCGCCGCCACCGCCACAACCACCACCAAUAGUUGAUUUGACACAAAUAGAAAAUUACGCCAUGGGUUCAUGUGAAGAUCCCUAUAGUAGUAUGAAUUUAUUAAAUCAUUAAAUAACAACAGUUAUAAAUAAUAUUUGUCGAAAAUAAUUUCUUGUUAGUGUCCACAAAAUGUCCUCUUUAUGUUCCUCUCCAUAUUUAUUUUGUUUUAUAUUAAAUCUGGCUUAAGUGGUCGUUGCACACAAAGAAAAAAAACUAUGUUUGCAACAAACAUGUACUUGUGUUUGUGAAUAGUAAAUUAUGGUUGUGACAACCAUAUAUAUUGUUUAAAUAAUAAUUUUUCUCUGUGUGUGCAAAUGAUUAGAAGUAAAGCACAAGUCGCUAAAGCAACGCUUUAAAGUUUCAAAAGCUUUGUUUAGAAAAAUUCAAAAAUGUUUUACGAUAAUCAAAACUUUCAGACUUGUGGCAUAAAGUAUACCAUUUCAGAAGAUUUUAAUAUAUUUUCGAACAUCAUCAAACCCUAUAUUUCUCUGAAACCAAAAUAUUAUUUUUAAGAAAACCAUUUACAAAAUUAAAAUACCAUUCAUAAACAUCUGCCGCAACAUCCCUCUCUUACAAAAUCCUACAUACAACUUCCUAAUUUAUUCCUCCUUUUGGAUCUCAAAAACAAAAAAAAAAACUAAAAAACAUACAAAAAAAAAACAAAACUUACAAAGAUUUAUUUUUUAUUAAUAUUUAGGCGAAUUCAAAACUGUGAUUUUUACAAAUAUUUUUUUAAUUUCAUUUUGAAAAAGAAAAAAAAAAACGUAUGAUUGAAAACUCAUAAGAUGAGCAUCAUAUAUAAAUGAUAAAAUUAAAAGAAAAAACCCUAAAAAAUUAAAAUAAAUUAUAUUUAUUAAAAGGGUGCGAUUGAAUAUAAGAAAACCUAUAAAUUUUAUAUAUAAAAAAAUUAAAAGAAAAAGAAAACUUAGUUAAGAACCAUUUUAGUGUAUGAAAAAAAUGACUUGUGCAAUUAAACUCUUUUUCGUUGACAAUACAUUUAAUUUUAAUUUUAUAAAAUAACAAAAAAAAACAAAAUUAAAAUUAUAAAAUAUUAAAAAAAAAGAAAAUUUAUAAAUAAUAGAAAAACAUAAGAAAAUGUAUUGUAAACUUAUAUUAACACAAACAAAACUAAACUAUAUUAUUAAAUUUAAACAAAAAAAAACUAAUUACUUUUAAAGGACUUAUUGUGUAAAACUCAAAAAGAAAGAGAUAGAAAAGAAAUCGUUAAGAUUUAACUGGAUUUAAAAUCAUUGUAAUAUAUUAUAUAUUUUUUUUAGUAACUAAGAUAGAGCAAAGUUUUAUUUCAACAAAUGUAAAUAUGUAUUUAAUACAUUUAAACAAAAGAAACACAUUUACACACACACACAUACAUACAAACGAAAAAAAUCUUAUAAACAUGAGAACCAUUAAGAAAAAAAAAACCAACACCAAACCUUCCAUUAGUAAAUAGAACGUGUGGUAAAGAAUUUAAGAAUUUUUUUUUAUAAAUUAUUCUUAAUCCUUUACUAAGGAUUUAACAUUUUCAUUUUUAUUUAAUAUUUAUUAAUGCAAAAUAUAUUUUGCCUUAUUCUCUAUAUAAAAUUCAUACAAAAACUUUAAACUCUUUGGGAAUUCAAAUUAAAUUUGUUUCUCUCUUCUUAAAUACACAUUUAGACGCCUUAGCAUCUAUUUUGUCCUUACAAAAUUGUUAAAGAUUGUGUUAUUCGUAGUCUUGCCUCUCAACAAACACAAAGGUAUCAAAGACUGUUAUCAUUGCUGAGUAUUAAACUGACAUUUAAACGUCUAAGCACAUAUUACCUUACAAAAGCAUAAAGAUUUUGUUAUUUGUAGUUUUUCCUUUAAACUCUCUGCAAUCACAAAGAUAAGUUAACAAACUUACAUUUAAACGUCUAAGCAUCGAUGUGUCUGUGUUAUUUGCUAUUUUGCCUCUAACUCUUAAAUCUCUUCGCAAUCACAAAGGUACUACGGCUGUUUUCGUUGCUGAGUAUUAAUUUAAACGCCAAAGCAACUAUUUGUCUGUUUAUUUUCUUACAAAACUUACUAAAGAUUGUGUUAUUUGUUAUUUUGAAU